UCGAAGCAGCACAACAUUCAUUUGCUGACAGCAGUCGCAGUGCCACUUUUCCCGUAAAAUAAAAACCAUCCUUCACGCAUCGAACACUUACUUUCGAGAUAAUCUUCCAAGUACAGCAUCUUCUGGCGGUUGUGUGGAAAGUUUCGACAAUAAAUUCAGAAAAACAACGCUACAAUGCGUCGCCGGGAGAUACAAAACUUCACCCUCAAGCUGAACGAUCUCAAGGAGUACGAGGUGGCCAAACAGGAACGACUUGCGCGUGCAAGUGAGGAGUCCGGUAGUGGUGGCGGUGCUGGCAGUGAUACCACUUCCGCGGCCACUAUGAACCUGGAUGCGAUGAAUACACCCGAGGUUUCGAUUAUUCCGCUGCCGAAGGUGAUGGGUGGACCCAAAACCAAGCAGGAGAUUCGGUCCAGAAUUGGAUACCCGUUGGAGCUGCCCUGAGAUUGAAUUGUUGUUAAUGAACUGAUAUGGAGAAAAAAAAAUAAAGGGUUCGUUUGAAUUUGAAAAAA